GAAAAUGAGUUAAAAAUAUUGUUUUAUUUCACCGUUUUUAUAUAAUUCAAUAAUGUUUGCUUUUAUUUAAGUGAAAAACAAUUUUUAAAUCAUACAAAAUGGCAUUACGUUGUUUGAAUCUUUUAAAAAAUAUAAGAAGCAGUAAUGUAAUAUUACGCCAAAAUUUAUUAUGUACGUCGAUAACACCGAACAGAAUAAACGACAUUAAAAAAAACAGAACAGAAGACCGUAUAGCAUAUGUACGGGAUCCCGAUUCUUUUGGAACUUUAAGUGGCCCAAUCAUUAAGGAGACGUUGGAAGAUGAAGGCGAUAUUAAAGAGGAACAGUUUCUGCAAAAUAUUCCACUGAAUUCUCAAAAAUUGUCUACCAAGCAAUAUGCAGAUUUAAUAAAGCAGUAUUUAAAAUAUAAGAGAAUAAAAGAUGCUAUAGAUGUACUAGAAAUUAAGAUGCUUAAAGAAGAUAGAGUUAAACCCGAAAAUUAUAUUUAUAACAUAUUAAUCGGAGCUUGUGCUGAAGUAGGAUAUACAAAAAAAGCAUUCAAAUUGUUUAAUGAUAUGAAAAGACGUGCUCUUAAACCAACAGGAGACACUUAUACAUGUUUAUUUGAAUCAUGUAUGAAUAGUCCCUUUCCUUCUUAUGGCUUAAAAAUGGCAACCCAUUUAAGAAGUCUCAUGAUUGAAAAAGGUGUAGAACCUAAUAUAACCAUUUUCAAUGUUAUGAUUAAAACAUUUGGUAGAUUGUCGGAUUUACCAACAGCUUUUAAGAUUGUUGAUGAAAUGAUUUCUAAAAAAAUAAAAAUUAGAGUACAUACUUUUAACCAUUUACUACAAGCUUGUAUAGCUAACAAAGAGUCUGGAUUGAAACAAGCACUCAUUGUCUGGAGGAAGAUGUUGAAAAUGAAAGAAAAACCAAAUCUUUAUUCAUUUAAUUUGAUGCUUAAAUGUAUAAAAGAUUGUAAUUUAGGCACCAAAGAGGAUGUGCUUGAUAUAAUAGGUAUUAUACAAGAACAGAAUUUGCUUUUAGAUGUAAAACCUCAACAAUUACAAAUUGAAGCCAAUCCAUCCACUAGUCCCUCUCAUUCAAACAUAGAUUCAAUUGAAACUAAAGCAAAAGUUGAAACUAAAUUUUUAGAUGAAAAAGAUAAAGAGCUAACCAGACAGGCAGAAUAUAAUAGAACAAAAUAUAGCAUUGGGAUGAUAGAUACACAAGAAAACAAUUCUAAUGCAGGUUGUUUAAAUCAAGAUGGUUUUCACAUUGAAUUAAUACAAAGUCAGAAAAAGCUGCUUCCACAAAUACCAGAGAGGACAUUACCAAAUUUGCUUUCAAAAAUAGUAAAUAUCAAUGAAGUCUUAGCAUUUCAGGAUGUGCACACAGCACAAGAUAAAUUUGCCAUGAUUGGUGGACAAGAUGAUUUCCUUAAAGAAAUGGAAGCAUAUUCUGUAAAACCAAACAUCAAAACAUUUACACAAAUGCUCUAUGUCAUAGAUGAUAGUAUAGAAGCUGAGAAUAAAUUAAUGGAUACUAUGAAAAUACUUAAGAUUAAAGCUGAUAUAGAUUUCUAUAAUAUGCUUAUUAAACGAAGAUGUCUAAGAUUAGACUAUAAUAAUGCAAUAGAGGUAAGGAGUAUAAUGGAGAAGGAUAGUAAAUCACGCCAGCGACACCCUUUAAACAAAAAACAUAAAUUAAAAGCAAAUAUUAUGACUUAUGGUGUAUUAGCCAUGACUUGUGAUACAAAAGAAAAAGCUGAGAGUUUACUUUCAGAAAUGAAAGAGAAUCAGUUAAAAAUCAAUAUUGAAAUUUUGGGGACCUUGUUAAAAAAUGGUACAAGACAAACACAAUUUGGAUAUAUAUUAUACAUAAUGAAUAUUGUGAAGCAGGAAGAUUUGAGAGUUAAUGAUGUAUUUAUAAAACAUUUGGAAGGUUUUAAUGAUAAAUGUUUACACAUAAUAGAGAAGAAUAAUAGAGAACAACGAGAAAGUCCUGUAUUUAUGGCAGCUUACAAGAGAUUUAAUAACAUAUACAAUAAUUGGUUAAAAGAAAUGAAUGUUGAAGAAGUUUUAAAGCCUGAACAUCCUUGGAAGCAAUUCGUCGAAGCAAAUCCAACACCAAUACAAAGGGAAAACAUGAAAAUUGUUGAACCAAAAAAGUUUUAUAAGAGAAGCCGUAAAUUUAUACAUUAUAGACCAAGAUUGUAAAUAUGAAAUAAAAUAUAAAAUA